AUAAGAUUCGAGUGUGAGCUGAGCUUACUUCUCACGGUAUUGUUAGUAUCUAAUCGUCAUCAUUAGAAGUGAAAUAGUCGUCACAAGUCGGUCUACCAUUCAGUGUUAGAGUUUCACUCGCGGAACAAUUAUUUCAAAUGUGGACUUUUUGCGAAAAUAAUUGAGAAUUAAAUACAAUUAUACCAUGAGGCGGAUCAGUUUUAUAAUUUUUAUGGUUACGGCUUUGUUGGAGGUUGCUUCGUACGGAGAUGACUCGUCUCAAGAGGAAUCAAGUUUAGUAAGAGGUAAAAUGAGUGGUUGGCAAAUUCAUAAAUACAGGGGGAUAGCAACCCUUAAAUUCAGCAACGAAAUACCCAUUCCAAAAAUAAACUCCCCAACUGAUGUCCUUGUGGAAGUGCAUACAAGUUCUGUCAACCCACUUGAUGUUAUGAUGAUGGAUGGCUACGGUAGUAAGCUCUUGAAUCUGUUACGUUGGAAGAUGCAAAAUACCGAAUUUCCUCUUACCCUCGGACUGGAGUUUUACGGUGUCGUAAAAGGCAAAGGAAAAGGUGUCAGCAACGAUAUUAACAUCGACGACAAAGUAUACGGAGUAACGUUACCGCAACAAGGAGGAUGUCAUGCAGAAUUUGUCGUAGUUGAUCAGAUAUUGUUGAGACACAAACCAGAACAAUUAUCAGACAUUGAAGCAGGAGGACUGUUGUAUGCAGGCUUAACGGCAUGGUCGAGUUUUUACAUUUGGGGAUUGCUUGGUGGUCUAAAAGGUGCAACAACUGCCGAAGGUGGUGGUAAAGGAAAGUCGGUCUGCAUUUUAGGAGCAUCAGGUGGCGUUGGGACAAUAGCUGUUCAAAUGAUGAAAGCUGAAAAUGUCAAUGUAACAGCCACUUGUAGUACAAGCGCAAUGCCAUUAGUUCGUCGUCUCGGCGCAGACAAUAUAAUCGAUUAUACACAGGCAAACUAUACCGAACAAUUUCGUGGCUUAUCAUUUGACAUCAUCCUUGACAGUGCUGGUCUAGGAGCAGAGUAUGCGACAAAAGUACCAUGGCAAUUUACUGAAUACAUAACACUGUUUCCGCCGUUACUGCGAAACAUUGAUUCGAAUGGAGUCGUACUGGGAUCGUUGGAGAGUUUGAAUACAUUGUUGAACAACAAUUUGGCAACCCUGUCGAGACAUAAAGGUUUCAUUAUGUGGGGUAUAUUUACGCCAGCACCACAAGGCAUUGAGUAUCUAACCAAAUUGGCUGAAGGCGGGAAACUGAAACCGAUCGUUGAUACCGUUUAUGAGUUUAAAGACAUGAAAUUGGCUUACCAAAAGGUGGUCAAGGGCCAUUUGAGAGGAAAAGUUAUUGUGAAAAUUAAAUAAAGAAAAGUGGGACU